CACGGAUUUCAAAAAAGUGCUCGGAAAGCUUUGAAUUAGCAAAUCCGGUGGACAGAAAUAGUUUUAAAAAAGGUGACAACUUUCUGUUGAGGUACGUACCGACCGGUACGAAGGAAGUCCAAUUACUUCGAAUUGACGCUAUUAUUCCACGUGUAGGGAACCUAUUCCGUCUAAUUCUCUUUGAAAAACUCGUGCUGUGUCUGCAUGUACACAACGUGGCAGUUCGAAAAUAAUAAUUGAAAAGUUCCUUCAGAGAAAAUCCGACCAAAUUUCGAUUUUCAUUCAUUGAGCAUUAAAACGAAUUGACAUUUCCGAAACACGUCACUAGACAACGGUUGAAAUCAGUUCGAACAGCUUGUUGUGGGGAUAGAUACUUGUGUUCGUUUUUUAAGGGACUAUUCUUGAUUCUUGUAGAACAGUUCCUUACGUAUAUUAAACAAUUAUGACAUUAACCGUAGUGCGAACAACGGUCAGUAUUCCGAAAAACUUUGCCACCUCAACUUGAGAAGCCAAUUAGUUCUGCUUUCUGUGCGGAAGCUUGACAACAUCCGCCCGUACGAAUUUUGGCAUUGACAACAUCCGCCCGUACGAAUUUGGCAUAUUCACAAUUUCAUUUUGUUCAGAAGCAAACCAAAGUUCGUAUGAACGUCGAUUGCRAACAAGUGCGUGACAUYACACCCCGRUUACAGYAUAUUCGUCUUUCGAAAUCAUAUUUUACGGUAGUCCACAAUGCCAACCAUGAAACGAGUUGUCAGCGCGCCUCAACUGCACCCACGAUUUGGGACACAGAGUUUCCAAAUGCGCGUCGAGAAGAUCAACGACCUCGGUCCCCUUCUCGAGCACAAGGAAUAUGGGACAGAAUCACCGCAGGCGGUUCGCACGCCGUCGAAUGAGUCAGAUAAAUACGGUACAGAGCCAACAGAUGACGAAGAUUACGGAUUCUACGACGCUAUCGAUGGCAACCAGGAAGAUAGCGAACGAAGCAGCACAACAAGCUCACUUCAAGAUGAAAUUCAAAAUUCAACUCCCUCCGCAGAAAUAGCUUCAGGUCGGCCUUCAAGGCGGCGGUCUAGUGGGAAAAAAUCCUCCUUAAAACAAAGAUCCUCUUAUGGAGAAGAUUUCAUUCCAUUGGAUUUCGAACGAAAAGAAUUUAAUCGGGUUUUGCCAAAGCCCGAUUUAUCACAGCGAACGCGUGUUCCUGAGGGUGMGUCGACUGAAAAGGCAAACGGAAUGAUUCGCAGCAGCAGCUCGGGACUAUUUCGAGUUGUAUCAGAACCUAUUCUGUUUCGUCCUAUUUACCAGGAGCAGUUUGAUAUUGAUGAUUUGUCUUCCAACAACGAAGGAGGGAGAUUAGAAAAUUCCGACGCUUCAAACAGCGAUGGGAAUGCGUUAGAUAAUUCUGAUUCGUCAUUCGUGGAAGGUGCGAUGAAGAAGCGUAUCUCCUUUGGCACAAUUCAAAUCAGGGAGCAUUCGGUAACCAUUGGGGAUAAUCCAUCUUGUAGCUACGGGGCGCCAAUCCAACUUGAUUGGAAGCACGAAGAUAUGGAAGAUUUGAAGGUAGAGGAUUACGAGGCCUACCGUCCGAAAACGAGAACGAAAGAUAAACUCUAUUUGAGUCACUUCAAGAGAAUGGAUUUGCUAAAACAAAGCGGUCAUUCUACCAGCGAAAUCAAAGAGUCAAGACGUAAGACAAAGAAACACCGAAAUCAACGUGAGUGGACCAAGUUUGUUGUAAUGAAUUAUCCUACGGUAUCAACUAUGGAAGACGCCAUAGAGUCGGGCAUCCGAAAGAUGAAGAGGUCGCUAUCCAAAUCCAGCUUGGGUAGCAAAGAAGAUAUACCGAGAGUUAGCAGUAAGGACGACAUGAACGUCAUCAGAGAUAAAGCACUCCUUCUGGAUAUGAUAGACAACGACGGUUCAAACGCUACUGCUCCGUUUUAGAUGACUUCCUUCUUAYUAACUUACAGCAACGACCGCUACUAAGAGGAAAAUAGAAUAAUGGUAUAGAAAGAAUAUACAUAAUAUGGAUAAGUAAGCCUAGCUUGUGCUCCUCGAUCCUUCAAUCCAGAUAAUCAAUCAAUUUUAAAGCU